UUUAUCGAGCAACCGUCGUUGCGGCUCCUUGGUCUCUUUCUCUCCAAAUUGAGCUUUCAUGAGAUCUCACAUCUGCCGAUGGCCAGCCAUCACCCGAAUCUUCUCCACAUCCGCAUCCCCACAGGCUUCCAUUAAGGCCCUGGCGAUACCCCAGGACAUCCAAUCCCUCGCAUCCGCCGGCCGGCUCAAGGACGCCAUCCGAUCCCUCAUCCUCCGCCGCCACCUCGGCCGCCCGGUCUAUCCGGAGUGCUUCGUCUCCAUCCUCCGACGCUGCGCUGACGCCGAUUCCCUACUCAUCGGGCGGCAGCUCCACGCCCAUAUGGUCGUCACCUGCUUCGAUCAGGACCCCUUCGUCUGCAACCAUCUCAUCAAUGUGUACGGUAAGUGCGGCUCCUUGGGCGACUCCCGUUGGGUUUUCAGAAGGUUGGGGAAGAAAAAGUUGCAUUCUUGGAACAUUCUGAUCGCUGGGUACUGCAAGUUUGGCUUUUUAAGUGAAGGUAGACGCUUGUUUGAUGAAAUGCCCAAGCGGGAUGCGGUUUCGUGGAAUACGAUGAUCGCAGCAUAUGAUCAUUGGGGACCAUGCGAGGAGGCACUGGAGUUGUUUGUUUUGAUGACACAUUCUGAUUGCGAUAUCGAUCGUUGUGGGCUUUCCAGUGUGAUUAGUGCCUGUGCCAAUCUUAGAUUUAUACAGAAUGGAGAGGCACUUCAUGGGUUUUCUGUAAAGCUUGGACUUGAUUCGCAUGUUCAAGUGGGUAGUGCUGUGGUUGGAUGCUAUUCAAAAUGUGAACAGUUUGAUGAUGCUGCUAGAUUUUUUGAUCAAAUGGAUGUUAAAGAGCUCUUUACUUGGAACACAAUGCUUGAUGGUUAUAUACAGUGUUCAAAGAUUAGUGACGCAAUUAAUUUCUUCAACAAUAUGCCGGAAAAGAAUGUCAUCUCUUGGACUACCAUUGUGGCUGGAUGUUCACGACAUGGUAGAAAUGAGAAGGCAAUUGAUUUCUACAAUAAAAUGCUUACAAAUGGUUUGAUGCCUGAUUGGAUGUGCUUUGUUAGUGUUUUAGAUGCAUGUACAGGGUUGUUGGAUCUUAGAAAAGGAUCGAAGAUUCAUGCUAGUAUUCUUAGAAGUGGCCUUGGAGCAGACAGAAUUAUUGGAAGUGCCUUAGUGGCCCUCUACGCAAAAUGUGGGUGCUUUAUUGAUGCACAAAAUGUAUGUCAUGAUUUAGCUGUUGUUGAUGACUUCUCACGGAGCGUACUAAUAGCUGAAUAUGUUAAACAUGGAUUGUUUGAUAGUGCACACAAAUUGUUUGAAAGCUUGACCGUGAAAAGUGUCGCACUAUGGAAUGCAUUGAUUGGAGGUUAUGCUGCAGCAGGUUUGUUUGGAGAGGCUUCUGCAACCUUUAAAAGAAUGCAGAUGGAUGGUAAGUACGGUGAUGAUUACACCUUUGGAAGCCUCCUCACCAGUGGUGUGCAUCUGGAAUUAAGUUUUGGUGAACAACUUCACUCACUGAUAGUGAAGUUGGGAGUUGAUUCAUCUCUUUUUGUAGCUGGUGCUCUCAUUACCAUGUACAGCAGCAAUUUAAAUUGUCAAGCUGCGGUAAGAAUAUUUGGGUCCGUCAAGCAUCCAAACCAUAUUAUACGGACUUCCAUGAUUUCUGGGCUUGCAUCAAAUAAUUUGAUUAAUGAGGCCAUCCAUAUGUUUUCUGUCAUGACUGCUUCGGGUAUAGUGCCAGAUAAUCUUUCAUUAUCAAUUGUUAUUGAUUCAUGUUCAAGUUUAUUAAAUCUGCAUGUCGGAACACAACUUCACGCCUUUGCGUACAAGUUAGGUUUUGAAUCAGAUGUUGUAGUUGGAACUGCUCUCAUAGAUAUGUAUGGGAAAUGCUGGAACAUUGAUCCUGCAUCACGUGCAUUUGCUGAUAUAAACAUGCACAAUAUUUUUAGCUGGACUGCACUAGUAAGUGGGUACAUGAGAUUGGGAAUGCAUGAAACUGCGAAGAAGCUUUUUGAGAUGAUGCCUCAGCACAACAUUGUUUCAUGGAAUAUAAUGCUUUCUGGAUAUGCAAAACAUGGUUUUUCAUCAGAAGUAUUACAAUUAUACAGUCAAAUGUCUAGAUCAGGCCUAUUGCCAGAUCUGAGAAUUUUUGCCUCUCUUUUAGCAGUUUGCAUCGAGUCUAAGUUGGUGGAAAAUGGAAAGCAAGUUCAUGCCCAAAUUAUAAAGAACGGCUAUCAUGUGAAUGCACAAAUUGAUUUAUAUUUGACGCAUAUGUACCAGAAAUUUGGAGAAUUAGGGAGUGAAAAUGAGUUCACUUCUAGCUCCUUUGAUUCAAUUGUCACAGAUGUUGUGGAUGGAUCAAAACCAGAUACCAUAUCAAAGAAUAUUCAACUUUUUGCAUCUGCCUACUGGAACUACUUUAGUAGAAUGAAUGGCCAAAACAGAGCAGAUUGAUGGAAUCAUUGUCUAGCAAAAGUUCAUCACAUUUGGCAUUAUGCCAUGACUUCUGCACUGAAAUUUGACUCUGAUGGAGGAUUAGUGCUUGUGCGACAAUAACAUUAAUCCAUUUCAAACGUACAGUAUCAAUUAGCAGCUAGGAGGUGGUAGAGGGAGAAGAGGACUAUGACAAUGACUUAAUCCAUGGCAUGAUCCAUCUUCCCCCAGGAUCAACUUCAAGAUAUGUUGAAUUUCCAUCCAACUAGGCAAUUUGAUUGUUUCUUGUCACUGGGCAUGCUGAAAGUUAAUCCUGAUACCGCAACCUUUUUUAUAAAGCUUCGCUGUUCGCAGAAGAAUAUGCUCAGAUGCAUUACUCUGAUUGUCCAAUACUGUGUUGAACUUGGGUUCUGCUCGGGAUGUAUGCCAUCUGUUUUUUGCAGCAGCUUAACAUCAAGGAUACAUUAUCGUAUUGGAAGGCCUCAUGGUUUAUCAACCAAAAAAGGCCUUAUGGCUCAAAUAGUCUCUUCUAGCAUGAUAUGACAACUUCAUUAAAGAUAUUUGAAGUUCGGUAUGAUUUAAAGUUCAGGUUUGUAGAAAAAAAAAGGUGAGAUAGAGCCAUAAAAUGCUCGUUUGACCACUUAUUGGCGAAACUAUCGCCGGGGCUAUGGUGGGAAGGGCGUUCAGUUGUCAUCCAGACACCCACGGUUCGAUUCCCAGCUAUGGCACAUUUGCAGAAAUUUUUCCUUCAAAUGGCGCUCACAACCAAGGGAUGUUAAGCUUCUGGGCCGUCCGCCACAAGCGUUUUCCGAUUAUCCUGGCAAUCGGUGGGAAAAUUCUGUGGGACCGGGCCGAUCGCCCCAGGUUCAACGAUAUCUAACAUGGUUAAUCAUUUUUUUUUAUCGAUACUCCACAAUAGCUCCUUGUUUGGAUCCAUGAUUGAGAAUUUUUUACAUUUGUUGCUGAAAUUAUAGGACCUUCUUCUGUAUCACUGAACAUGGAGUUGACAUAUGAUGCGAUUAUUGUUCCUUCCCUUUUGUUACAGUGCUUCUCCUCGCAUUCUUCUCCGAAAUCAGAAGAUGAAUUCAGUCAUAGCACUGCGUCAGGGGAUUUGUUUUCGCCACAGGUUUGUAGAACUUUAUCAAACCAUGAAUUUGAAGUUCUUUGGGGUUUUAUUAUUAGUGGAAAGUGAAAUUUCAUGCUACAAUUUGGGGUUUGAUCCAACUGUUUGGUUAUAUUACUGCCUGACGUUUCGUCAAAUAGUUCAUCCUCUUCAAUUUUUUCGCUUUGUAAGCAUGUGAUUACAUUGCCAAACACAGUAUCGCAAUGCGUAGAGUUACAGCCUUGCAGGCAAAGUUGAAUAGGAUUGAAGAAAGGAGCUCAUGAUUGGCAUCUUCGGACAACCCAACUCAAACGAGUAGUUUGGGAGAAAGCUGGCCGUGAUGCGGGGAAAGGGUUAACUGAAGUUAUCUUGCAUAGAUAGAGCUGUUAAAUACGUCGUCGGU